UAUAAAUACAGAACUUCAGCAUUGCCUAUUUCAAGUAAACUCUCUCUGCUCUCAUCACAAGUGAUCAACACCUCAAGUAAGCUGUCAUUGAGCUGGAAACCACAAGACCGGCCAGAAAGGCAGUCGUAUCCAUGGUACUACACAAGAGACCGACAUCGUCCCUAACUCUCUUUCUGAGAGUUGGAACUGUAGCAAAGUUGCCGAUAGCCUCAAGGAUAGCUAUAAGCAUCUGCGUUAUUAAGACUGGAUCGGACGCGUCUCGAAGCUCUGUAAUAACUCUUCCCACUGCGUCAAAUCAUGGAAAGUCGGUUUAUGCUGCCGAUGCCCAACUCCAAAAGCGAGGUACACUACCCGCCUCAUACUGGCCACGCCUCAAGCUGUAGGCAACAGACGAAAAGGAUCUUCUCAACAAGUAGCCACACAACAGCGUCAUCCUCAUCAAUAGAUUGCUACCGUCCAUCGU